AUGUUUUUCGCUCCCCUUCUGGCUCUGGGCCUGAGCAGUGUUGCUCUGGCCCAGAACAACACGGCUAUACCCAACAUUGCGGGCCCUGCGGUGACUCCAGCUCCGUUGACUCCUCCGACGACCGUCAACCCCAGCUACGGGUUCCCUGCUCGUGUUGGCGACUACCAGUUCUACGGAUGCGUGGGAUCUUCCAGGAACUUCCCUUCCUUCGAGAAGAUUGGUACCAACCCGCAGAUGGACCUUGAGCUCUGCGCUGCAAGCUGCGGAUCCCGCUUCUUCGGUGUUGCUGGCACUGACUGCUGGUGUGGCAAGGACAUUGACAGCGUUGGCACUGCCCGCGUUCCCAACAGCGUCUGCUCCAUCCCCUGCCCCGGUAACCAGAACCAACUCUGUGGCAGCCUCGUUGGCCUCCAACGUCGCCAGGUUCCUAACCUUGUCUACCUGACUGUGUACAUCCGCGUUGAGGGCAUGGAGGGUGGCCGCUGGUACACUACCACAACCACUGCCACAACCACCGCCACGACCACUGCCACUACCACUGACACGGAGACUACCACUGACACUGAGACUACCACGGCCACUACCACUGCCACUACCACGGCCACGACCACUGUCAUAACCACUACCACAACCACCCUCAUCAGCGGUGUUCCCACAACCAUCACCAACACUGUCACCACCACCGUCAAGCCUCACCGUCCUCACCCAACCUAUGAGCCCUACCCCGGUAGAGUCAUCAUCUGCUUCGGUGACUACUGUCUUCCCCAGGGCCCCUGCAAGAGCGGUCACUGCGAGCGUGAGCGUGUUGUCUGCAAGGACGAGCACUGCUUCCCCGAGAAAUGCAAGGACGACAAGUGGAACAGACUCGUCGAGUGCAAGGGUGACAAGUGCCACUACCCCGAGUGCAAGGGUGAGGAGUGCAGGAAGAAGGUUACCUGCUACGACGGAAAGUGCAUCAAGGAGAAGUGCUUCGGUGACGAGUGCGAGAAGAAGGUUGUCUGCCACGGCGAGGAGUGCCACCACAAGCCUUGCAAGGGUGAGGAGUGCUACCGCAAGGAAGAGUGCCACGGUGACAAGUGCAAGCCCGUUCCUCACUGCAAGGAGCACUGCCCCGAGCCCAAGCCUCCUGUCUUCCCUCCUCCCUGCAAGGGCGAGUGCAAGCCCAGACCUCCUCCUUGCAACGGUCCUCACUGCCCUCCUCCUUGCCACGGCGAGAAGUGCCUUCUUCCUCCUCCUUGCCACGGUGAGAAGUGCCGUCACCACGGUGAGAAGCACCCUGAUCCUCCCUGCCACGUGGCCCCCCCUUACAAGACCCCCAUCAUCGCCGGCUCCGAGAAGGUUCUCCCUGCUCUGGGUCUCGGUGCCAUCGCUGGUCUGGCUUUCUUCCUGUAA